GGAGCACGCGCCGAACUCGAGCCAGGUGGUGGGGUUCCUGACCCUGGUGGUCUCGGGCGCGAUCCUGCUGGCGCUCACGGGGCUGACCCUGACCGGCUCCGUGAUGGGCCUCGUCUUCUUCGGGCCCGUCAUCCUCCUCUCCAGCCCCAUCUGGGUCCCCGUCGCCGCCGCGCUCUUCGUGCUCGCCGCGGGCUCCCUCUGCGCCUGCGGCGCCGCCGUGGCGCUCGUCGCCGGCGCCACGUGGACCUACCGCUACUUCACGGGGCGCCACCCCGUCGGGUCGGGCCGGGUCGACUACGCCCGGAGCCGCAUCGCCGACACCGCCAGCCACGUCAAGGACUACGCCCGCGACUACGGCGGCUACCUCCAGAACCGCACCAAGGACGCCGCCCCCGGAGCGUAACGUAGCAGAGCCCUAGAAUUCAAAAUAAAAAAUUUAGGUCUAAACCGUGUUCGGGUCGGGGUUUUGGUUUCGAGUUUUUUCUUUUUUUCUUUUUUUUUUUCCUUUCCUUAAAUGUCCGGUUUGGGAUACUCUGUUUGAGGUGUGGGUUGAGCACUAUGAUGAGGUUGAUGAUAUAUUGGUGAGCUGGUUUUGAAUCGUCCCUUGAAUCGGAUUACGGGUGGGAAGGUCAACUCGGAGUCACGUGAACUUAGUGUGGUUUACUGUGAAGCUUCUCAAGGCUUUUUAGACUCUUAUUUAGAAGUUUAUUUAAUAAAUGGAAUAUUUGUGUAGUGGUAAUGCCAACAAAAUCAAUGCUAUCUGCAUAUCAAUAAUUAAAAUAUAAAUUUUAUAUUCUAUUCAUUUAAACAUUAAAAUUCUUUCUGCUAUGCUACUAUGCUACCUCUUAUCUACAAUUAGGAUGUAAAUUUUACCUCUCUCUAUCUACAGAUUAUGAUUUUUUUUCUACUAAAAUUCUGGUAGUCGUCUGGGUCGUGUUCGACCACAAUAGUCUUAUAAUAUCGCAACGGACGGGAGGAACAUUUGCAGGGAGCUGGUGUCGGUGACAGGUCAAGACUCCAAGGCUCCCAGAGGGAGUUCCCGCCUCGCCAGGCGCCAAAACGAACACUCACUCGUUAGGGCGAAAGCGCGUAAGGUGCAGCUGAGGGAGGGGGAGAGCUUGGAAAUCAGGUCGCUCACUGGCAAGAAGCAUAAGGAGAAGGGCCGUAACACCAGGACCAUGGAGCGCCGUGCAUCAGCCCAGGAUAAAAUUAAAUCGAAAAGCGCUGAGUGCGGGAUUCUCCUUAAUGACGACGAGGCGCGUUGUUUUAAGGAAUUCCUGAGCGUCUCCUCCUAGGAAGUGGAAUUUGGGCGCUGUGUCGGUAGUAGGUGGAUUGUCCUUUUAUCAUGUUCCAGUUAUGUAGUUGGAAUGUUAGGGGUAGUAGGUGGAUUGUCCUUUUAUCAUGUUCCAGUUAUGUAGUUGGAAUGUUAGGGUCUGAACGACUGGAAUAAAAGAUGUUUAGUCAAGUCAGUAGUAGCUCAGUUCAGGAGGUCUCUUUUAUGUUUCCAAGGAUCCAAAGUGGAAGAUAUCUCUUGCUCUUUUCUUCAA